AUUAUUGAUUAAGCGCUGUCUUUGUUCAGCUCUCCACUUUCUUCCCCUCCUUUUUAUAUUCGCAUUCUUCUCUUUUCCACUCACAACUCAACUCAGCUCUCCCUCCCUCUCUCGCUAAGCACAACUCUCCCUUCUCUGUGUUUUCUUUCUCUCUUUCUCAUACGAAGAUGGGUUCUUCUGGUCUUCAAGUUUUCAUGAUCUUGGCUCUCUUGGCGACCUCAUGCAUGGCUCAGGCCCCAUCAUCACCACCAACGGCCUCACCACCCACUGCCACGCCACCAACCGCCACACCCCCCACCGCAACUCCUCCCACUGCCACCCCACCCGCCGUAGCACCUCCACCAGCACCAGUUGCCUCCCCCCCUUCCCCAACCCCAACCCCAACCCCAACCCCAACCCCAACCGCAACCCCAACCGCUGCUCCAACUCCCAGCUCCCCGGCUCCCAGCUCCGACUCACCGGCUUCGGCUCCUGGUCCCGAUACUUCUUCACCACCAGCUCCCACACCAGCUGGUACUCCCUCUUCUGACACGCCAGCUGGUGCUCCCGCUUCUGACUCACCAAACGGCGCUUCUACCUGGGCUAGCCGAGCCGUUAUCGUUGGAACCGCUCUUGCCGGUACAUUCGUUGCCGUGGCUUUGGCUUAGAAUGGAUUUCGUCCACGUGAGUGAUUCAUCGGCGUUUAGAUCUUUGAUGGGAAUGGUCGGUUGAGAUCUAUUUAUUUUAUUUGUCUAUUUUUUUCGGGGUUAAUUAUUAUUUUCUUUUCCAUUUUUUUUCAUUUUACUCUUUAUCUGUUGUGUUUGUUCAUUCUAUUUCUUCUACAUUAUUUGGGCUUGAAUGAUUUGAGUGGAGAGGUGGAAUUUUGGGAUGGUGGAGACUACGCUCUAUGAUUCAUUUGUUUUUGUGUCAACACGUGUAUUGAUUUUAUGUAGAUGAGUCUGAUGUAAAUCUAAUAAUAGUUUAAUAAAACAGUUUUUCAUUCUUUUUCUUGUGAUUUA